AUGUCGCGCUCUCGCUUACCGCCGAUUCUUCGCCCACGCCUUACGCCCAGAUACGUCGUCUCCUGCGUAGCUGCUGUCUACGUCGUUUACUGCUGGCUGUGGGGCAUGCCUCUGUUUUCCUCGAAUCUCCCUGCUUAUUCGGGACCCCAUUCCGUUGGCGUGAUUGAUAUCGAGAGUCCUUGUGAUGGCCGUAAGACAAGCGAUGUCAAGUUCAAGUCGACAGGCGAACCCGCCUUCUUGCUUGAAACAGUGUUGUUCUCUUUGUACUACCCGGCCAUGAAGGGAGCGAAAUCCGAUAAGCCUAAACAUCUCUGGGUGCCUAAGCCGCUCUCGGUGACAGCAGAGGGCUACGCGAAAUUUGCUCAUAUCAGCAACUUCCUCACCAACAGCAUCUUCACAGUCGCGCUCUGGGGUCUUACAGGCAGCACCACCAUUCCAGCAAAUGUCGAUGUCCCACUACGAGAAAAUGUACCCACUUUGAAGUUCACCGAGCACGUCGAGGACAAGCCAGAAGCUGGCGAAGAGAAUUUCCCUGUAAUCGUCUUUUCCCACGGCAUGGCAAGUUCUCGCACAGACUACACGCACUUCUGUGGUGAGCUUGCCAGUCGAGGAUAUGUCGUCGCUGCAAUUGAGCACAGAGAUGGCAGCGGUCCUGGAACCAUGAUCAUGAAUGUUGAUGGGACCGAGAAACCACUGUACCACUUCGGCCUCGGUGAUCUGCAAGUCGAUGCAAGUUUCGACACUCCGGAACUCAAGCAAGCACAAUUGGACUUUCGUCAGGCAGAGAUCGAGGAAACAGUUCGUGUUUUGCGAGCCGUCAACGACGGAAGUGGUGCCACUAUCUUCGAAAUGAAUCCUCGUAAGGAGGGCGAGCAUCUGAGCAGCUGGGAGGGAAAGUUUGACAUGACCAACGUUACCAUCGCAGGUCACAGUUACGGUGCCACAGGAGCUCUCCAGGCUUUGAAGGGUGCACCUUGUCCGGAACGUCCCUUCCACGGUGGACUGAUUCUUGAUCCCGGCAAAUCGAGCGGUCCCCUCAAUCACGACGUAGAUGUGCCAAUCUUGAUUGUCCACUCCAACUCCUGGUCAAAGAAGCAUUCGGUCUUCUUCGGCCAGCCUCAUUUCACCGUCGUUAAGGAUCUGGUCAAGGGUGUCAACAAGCGCGGAAAGGCUGCCUGGUUCAUGACUUCUUUGGGCACAUCACAUCCAUCCGUUACAGAUGCACCCCUCAUUGAGCCAACACUAUUGAGUUGGACCACUGGAUCCACAAUUGAUGUAUAUGACGGUGUGGGUGUAUACGUCAACGUCACAGAAGAGUUUAUGCUCUACCAAAAAGCGCACAAGAGGAUGGGGUUGCUGGCUCUGGAUGUCACACAUUCUGAGUACGACAGUCACGACAAUGGCACACAAGAGAUGCCGCAAGCCUACCAACGAUUCUGGCAGAUUCAUGUCGCGCCGGAUUCGGCAUAA